UACCGCGUUGGCCACGGCGCUCGGUGGAAGAGCCACGUCUACGAGACGGACGGACAGACGGACGGAUACUGGUAGACGUUUUGACUUCCGAUCCACCAGUGAUCACACACAGCCUACUGCCGUGAGGAUGCUGCGAAAGUGCCUGAUUCUCCUGCCGCUGCUGCUGUUAGGCGUCCUCGCCGACGAGAAGGAUGUCCUGGAGCUCACCGACGAGACCUUCGAGAGCGAGCUCGAGCGUCACGCGAACACGCUCGUCAUGUUUUACGCACCAUGGUGCGGGCAUUGUAAACGUCUGAAGCCAGAAUAUGCAAAGGCAGCCGAGCUGCUCAUAGGCAGCGAGCCGUCCAUCACGCUUGCAAAGGUCGACUGUACGGAGGCUGGAAAGGAAUCUUGCAACAAGUUCUCCGUCAAUGGUUACCCGACGCUCAAGAUUUUUGAACGUAACGAGUUCAGAUCCGAUUACAACGGUCCUAGAGAAGCAGCCGGCAUUGUCAAGUACAUGAAGUCUCAAGUGGGACCGGCGUCCAAAGAGUUGACCAGCGAAGAGGCCCACAAAGCGUUCCUAGAGGCUGACGAAGUUAGCGUGAUAGGCUAUUUCGAAAAGGACGAUUCUCCAUUGUCCGCGGCAUAUCAUACCGUUUCCAAGAAACUCCGAGAGAAGGUCAGAUUCGGUCACACGUCGGCGAAGGAAAUUUUGGACAAAGUGUCUGACAAGAACACGAUUGUCCUUUACCGGCCAAAAAUACUCCAGAACAAGUUCGAAGAUAACAGUGUAGUGUACAAAGGCAGCGACGCCAUUAGCGACGUGAACGAGUUCGUCACCAAGAACUACCACGGUCUCGCCGGCGUACGCACCCGCGACAACGCGCAAGACUUCAAGAAUCCCCUGGUGGUCGCCUACUACAGUGUGGACUACGUGAAAAAUGCCAAGGGUACGAACUACUGGCGCAACAGGAUCAUCAAGGUCGCCAAGAACUUCCCCGAGUUCUCCUUCGCCAUAUCUUCUAAGGAUGAUUUCCAGCACGAGCUGAACGACUUUGGAAUCGACUAUGUGAAGGGCGAUAAGCCAAUCGUUUUGGCGCGAGACGCCACGAGUCGGAAGUUCGCUCUGAAGGACGAGUUCUCCGUGGAGACGUUCGAGACGUUCCUGAAGGACAUGCAGGCCGGUGCUCUGGAGCCGUACCUCAAAUCCGAGCCGAUCCCGGAGAGCAAUACGGGCAACGUGAAGGUCGCGGUGGCCAAGAACUUCGACGAAGUAGUGACCGAUAACGGCAAGGACACGCUGAUCGAGUUCUACGCGCCCUGGUGCGGUCACUGUAAGAAGCUGGCGCCGGUGUUCGACGAACUGGGCGACAAGCUGAUGGACGAGGACGUCGAUAUCGUCAAGUUCGAUGCCACGGCGAACGACGUGCCGGCACCGUACGAGGUGCGCGGUUUCCCGACGCUCUACUGGGCGCCCAAGGACGCCAAGGAUAGCCCGGUCAAGUACGAAGGCGGCCGCGAACUCGACGACUUCGUCAAGUACAUUGCCAAGCACUCCACCGACGAGCUCAAGGGCUACGAUCGCAAGGGAAAGGCGCUCAAGCCUAGAACUGACGAGCUGUAAAGGCCAUCACCGACGUAAACGACCGCAAAGUUCGUUCUUGCAUUUUCGAAUUGCGUCAAUCAACAAAGCGGCCCUGGAGUUUCUCUCACGUAACACGCAAGCAAAGUACACUCGAGAACGCGCGAAUGUGCAUUAAUAGGGAAAAUAACACUUACAAUUAGAGUGAAGAUAUCAUGGGUUUUCCGCGAGACAUUUUGCAAUAAGUGAAAAAAUAACGUAUGCUCGAUUGGGGCGCGGGAGGGGGGGGGGGAGAGUGUCUAGCGUAUAGGAUUGUCUACAUGUAUUAAUUGUACACUUUGUAACAAUUGUAUAAUGACGCGAUAAAGCGCGCAGAACUGAUUUGAAAAUUUUCUCCCGUAUCAUGCUUUCCAAGAUGUUUGGCGAAUUGCAAAGUUAUAUGCAGGAAGAAACCUCCAUUCCAAUUUUGCGGGUCUCGACUACGCUAAGUUAAGAGAUAAUGCAGCGAUUUUUGUUUAUACGAAGGAGCCGAAAUAAAUUGUUUUAUAGGAAA